AUGAAUGAGCCACCUUCCUCCCAGGGCGUCGACCCCCCAAUCAUCGAAGCAGAAGAUACUCCUAUGAGUCUGCCCGUUGUGGCAACGUCUUCUCGCUCGGACAAGGGGAAGUCCUCACGAAUGGAUGAGUCAUUGGUGGCCAGCUUGGCUGAGGGUGCGCCAUCUUCUACGAUUGUCGACGAGGAUGCUGACAGGAUUGUUCGUUCUAUCCAGGAUUUGUUCACUUCCUGGGGGCAGGUCCAAAUGCCUCGACCUGCUCCACCUGAUCGUCCUGCUGCUUCUUCAGAAGAGGACUUGAAGUUCUUGAGGGAGUUGGUAUUUGAGUACGUGUCCUUCAUGGACAUGGACAUUGAAAGGGCUAGUGCUGCCAGACACAAGAAUGAACUUGAGA